AUGGGCAGGCCCAAAACCAGGCUUAAAAAGAUCCUACAGCUCCUCCUCAGCCCCCUGCCAGAGCACGCUAUAAUAGAGCUGCCUCUCCCUCUAUUAUACAUGCUCCCAACAGAUAACAAAGACUAUAGCCCUGCCCUAUUACAGAUAUCAGUAUACUUGGACAGCUUGCAAACUGGCCAAGGGGCAGGAUUUGGCUAUACAGUCUACUUUGGCCCUAUCCUGGUAACCAAGGGACAUGGCCCCGCGGGCCCCAGGACAGAGGUCUAUGAUGCAGAAAUUAUAGGUGCUGUAGAAGGCCUACGCGCAGCCCUGGGACAACCAUGUAUGGGUUACUCUACACAGCUAGUUAUCCUCCUAGACAACCUAGCAGCAGCCUCCCUGCUAGCAAGCUAUAGGCCCACUCUGCAUAGGCACAGACUGUCAGAGUCCUUUGGCCAGCUUGCUACCCAGCCAUGGAAGCCCCUUCAAGUCUGCUGGAUCCCAGGCCAUUCCGGGAUUGCUGGGAACAAGCUGGCAGACAAGCUUGCGAAGCUUGGGUCCUCUAUAUACAGCCCUAACAUCCCCCCAUCCCCUGCAUACCUACAACGGGAGACAAAACAGCAGCUUCGUACAGAGACAUAUACAGCAUAUGCUAGUAAGGCACCACAAGCCUACAAGACCCUGGAUAUCAGACCCCAUACAAAGGAAAGCCGCACCCGCGAGCACAAGCUUCCCCGUUGGGUACUUGGCCGACUCGUCGCCGCCCGUACAGGCCACGGAGACUUUACGGCAUACCACCAGCGCUUCAACCACUCAGACUACCUGGAGAGCUGCUCUUGUGGUAGGACCAAGACCCCAGUGCACUUCUUCUUCUGCCCAUACACCAGAAAGCGCUGGAAAGAUAGAUGGAGAUAUAUAAGGGACGGCCCAUCAAAAACAAUAGACUGGCUCUUAAGUACAGCUGCCGGGGCUGAAGAAUUCAGCCACAUCGUGCAAGAAUCAUCCUUCUUCAAGGAUAUAUGCCCGAACUGGGCCCGCCGGAGCGCUUGA